AAAAUGGUUUUUUAUUAUUUUUAUAAUUUUUGUUUCUACUCCACGGUCAAAGCAAUCCGUAGCACUACUAUAUCAAUAUCGUCAACAACCUAUUCAAAGAUAUACGCCGACUUCUUCUUCUCUGCUUGUUCUUUCUUCUCAUCGUUGUCUCUAUCUCCCUGCUAAACGGUGCUGUUCUCCGACUUCUACUGAUGGAGGAGCCGGAGAAGCCUGUCGAGGUCAGAGCGAUGGAGGCGCUAGGGAAAGGAUUUGAUUUGAGCAGUGAUUUUAGAUUAAAAUUCGCCAAGGGCUGCGAUGGUGGAAGAUUGGUGGUGAUUGAUGAGGCUAACAAGAGAGACAUUGCGGUUCCUGGUGGAGCUACCAUCAAGCAAGUCUCCGAGGAUAUUCGUCUUGAUAAAGGCGACCGAAUCCGUUUCAAAUCCGAUGUCCUUGAAUUCAAUCAGAUGUCUGAGCUACUUAAUCAGAAAUCUUCAGUACAAGGAAAAAUUCCUUCAGGCUAUUUUAAUGCUGUUUUUGAUUUAAGUGGAGACUGGUAUCAUGAUGCUGGGGAUGCCAAAUAUCUUGCGUUUGAUGGUUACUUCAUUUCAUUGUAUUAUUUUCACUUAACAGCAUCCCCGCUAAUACUGCAAGAAAAAGUGAAGAAGGCUGUUCCAUCUCACUGGGAUCCAGCGUCAUUAUCUAGGUACCAUCUUUACAUUCUCAAUGUAAUUGACAUUAUGAAAGCAAAUAUGUGGCAUGGAAGAAAGAAUUUGCACAAAUUAUUGUUCAGAGUGUGUACCCUGCAACACUUCUCCUUUUCUUUGAUAUCAUUUCCCUUAAGCUUGAACAACUAUCUGGGGCAGGGCCUCACUAUUAUUUGUUCAAGGAGAGGAGGGGAUGUAUUCUUGCGAAGUCACUCUAAUUGGCUCCAAACAGUGCCAGCUAAACCAGAAGCAAUUCUCUUCAAAUUUGUACCAAUUACUUCUCUUCUCACCGGCAUUCCUGGUAGUGGCUAUCUUAGUCACGCGAUCAACUUGUAUCUACGUUACAAGCCUACUCCCGAGGAUUUGCACUACUUCUUGGAGUUCCAGGUGCCAAGUCAUUGGGCACCUAUGUUCUGUGAGCUUCCUCUCAGGCAUCAGAGAAAGAAGGCUUCAUCUGCUUCUCUGCAAUUCAGUUUCAUGGGUCCUAAGCUUUAUGUGAGCUCAAGCCAGGUUUCAAGUGAUCAAAAGCCUGUCGUUGGCCUGCGUUUGUAUUUAGAAGGGAAGAAAUGCAACCAGCUGGCGUUGCAUGUCCAGCAUCUCUCAGGUCUUCCAAAGAUUAUGACCAUUCCAGUAGCUAACGCCAACACAGGCAAGUUCUACUGGCGGGGUUCUGAUGACUAUAGAACUAGUGACCAAUUCCUAGAGCCAGUCAGAUGGAAGAGAUAUUCAAACAUCUGCACAUCAGUUGUUAAGCAUGACACUAACUGGCUUCAAGGAAAUUUGAGUGGUGUUUUUAUCGUAACUGGAGUGCAGCUCGUCUGCAAAGGAACGUGGCCCAAGACGGUGUUGCAUUUGCGUCUCCUCUUCACCCAGUUGCCCAACUGUGUCAUUCGGAAGACGGAGUGGGUGGCCGCACCUGAGGCUUCUAAUAAGCCUAAUUUCCUCACUAAUUUGAGCACUACCUUCACAUUCACUCAGAAGACUGUCACUGGUCCACAAAAGCAGACUCCUGCAGUACUUAAUUCCGGUGUAUAUCCUGAUGGUCCACCCACACCAAUUCGUGCUAAGAAGUUACUUAAAUAUGUAGAAACAGCAGAGAUUGUACGCGGUCCACAUGAUGCUCCAGGGCAUUGGUUGGUAACAGCUGCAAAACUAGUUACGGAUAAGGGUAAGAUUGGUUUACAUGUGAAGUUUGCAUUGUUAGAAUAUCCUUGAUUAAAUGUAAAUAUUGUGCUGAGUGCAUAUAAGAUAAAUGUAUGUAGCGAAAUAAAUAAUUACAAUUUCUUACAAAAUAAUAGUAGAGUUUUAUACAAUACUGAAACAGAAUUAAUUACAAA